AUGUCACUAUACUUCUACAAGAAAUCUAUUCUUGCUAGCGCCAUAGCCCUAUCUAGCCUUUUAAAGAAGUACGAUUACUACGGAGAAAAUCUAGAGUAUCCGGAAAAUGAAGAGGAGUUGCUCGAAAAGGCUAUAGCAAACGUAACUCUUAUAACAUCGGCGUUGAUUAGAGUAAGAACAGCUGUCGAAUCUAUUCAAGAAAAGGUUGACAAAAUGGAAAGCCAGGUGCGAAGAAGUCCGAUCAAAAAGAGUUCAUCAUGUCUCAUCGAUUUCAACAACAUCUCAUCGCCGUGCCAUUCUUCAGUGAACAGGCCACGCGGGAACUUCGCUGACGAUGUGGUACCCAAUAACUACAGCGAAAACCAAUCGCUGAUCACGUGUUCCAACGUCGACAGUGCCGAAUUAACGCGAAAUGAGCAGAUUGUACUUAUGACCGCAGAAGGGAAUUUGUAUAAGCAUCGGUCUAAACGGUACGAGAAGGUAUUUUUCUUCUUCGACACUGGGGCUCAGAAGACUGUGAUACAAGAAGGAUUAGCUGUUCGACUUAGUCUUCCGAAAAUAUCGACCGAUACCUGCACUAUGUCUGGGAUUGGAGGACACAGCGAAACAUUUGACAGUCACCUGGUACCUCUCAAAUGUAUUGGUCCAAACAUAUCGGAAGGGUUCCGUUCUGCUUUGGUCACAAGAUGCGAUCAAGGGUUCCUCGAAAGAGAGGAACUUUUCUUAGCCAACUCCAAUCUUCGUGGCGAAAGACAAGUACCACAUAUUCUAGUGGGUCUCGAUCGAUACUACGAUUUGGUCACAACAAACAUGGCCAGUAUAUGUACUCCAUCUGGUCUACAUAUUGCAAAAACAGUAUUUGGUCCCACGCUUUAUGGCCGCGGCGUCUUACUACCAACAGAUACGCACAAGGCAGAAGAGAACAGAAAUCAAGCCGUAUCUUACUAUGACGAUGAUAUACGAAAACAAUGCAGCACAAAGUAA